CGCCUCCUCUUCCUGCAGGAUAACGAGCUGCAGGUGCUGCCUGAUGACAUCUUUGUCCCCUUGGGACAUCUCAAUGUCCUCGACCUGGCACGGAACCACCUGCGGACGCUGGAGCUGCCACCUCGUCCCCCCAGCCCUGCGUUGGACCUCGACAUCUCGGGGAACCCCUGGGUCUGUGGGUGCCGGCUGCUGGCGCAGCUGCGGGAGGUGGCCCCACAGCUCAGUGCCACCCGUGACACCCUCUGUGCCAACCCCCCACGCUACCGGGGACAGGAGGAAAAGGCUGGGGACACGGGCUGUGAGGCUGAGGAGGAUGGGCAGCACCCACCAGAUCCCUAA